AUGUCGACUCAGGCACGUCGACGUCGAGCGCCGGCGGCAGCACCUCCAGCUACAAUCAAAGUUGCAUUUGGAGACGACGAUGAAAACCAAGACAAUGAAAGAAGGACUAAUCAAGAAUUUCUGGAAGAAAACGAUAAUCUAAGACAUCAUUCCGAUCAAGAUAGAAACCGUUAUGACGCAAAUACUGACACCACCUAUGAACGAGCAUUUUUUGCCAUUCAAAAUAAGACUGUUGAAGUCAUUUUCGCAAAUAAUGUUUUAAGCUGGGCGGAUGUUACUGGCGAACCGGUCGGCAAUGAAAUCCAUCGACGACCAUCACCAGAUCCAAAUAAUCAAAAUUCGAUUAAUCUCAACGAUGUUUUUGGUAUCACACCAAUCCAUUCACAUUGGAAUUGGUCAAUGAACGUCAAUGAAAAUAUAGCAGGCACAAUGAUUUCCACAUCGAAUAGUAUAAGUGGCCCUAUGAAUCUUUCGUCGACACCUUUAUCUCAAAAUUCUGUUCUCCGCGGUUUUCAAUUACAUUCUUAUCAGACUUUAACCGAUAACGUUCUACAAGAAAUUCUCAUUGUUUUUCAAAGUGACGAUCCGAACUUAAUCGAACAAUGGUUUCAUUUUCUAUCGAAGAUUAUCAUCGCAUUAACGCCCCCGAAAAACAUCUUCGUUCUCUGUAAUCCUUAUGCUGGUCCAAGACAUAGUCGACAUGUAUAUAAUACGAAGAUCAAACCGAUGCUUGAAACACGACGUUAUAAAAUAACUUAUAUGGAAAUCAGCGAUCAGUUCAGUGCUGACGAAGCGCUGCAGAAUGUUGAAGGUGGCUUCGAUUCGAUAGACAGUUUGGUGAUCAUCGGUGGUGAUGGGUCCGUGAUUAAUGUUAUCAAUGCGUUAAUAGUUUAUUUAGCGAGAGAAUAUCGUACGAGAUUAGAUAUAAGAGCAGAUUUACCAACAAUACCUUUUCCGAUUUGUAUUGUACCUGAUGGCACGACAAAUAUCAUUUCUCAUACGCUACAUGGAAAUAUCGAUCAUUGUACACCUAUUUUACAUUUAAUUUACAAUCACACGAUGAAAAUCGAUAUGUCUGCAGUGUUUGAUGUAGAUUACAAAUUUGUCACAGCUAAUUUCGGUGCUGCUGCAGGUUAUCCAGCCAAUGCGCUGAAAUAUUUUCCACGUUAUAGUUUACAUAGUCCCAAAACGAUUAUUAAAAAAUCCUUCGCAAAAGCGGCUUCGAAGAAAUAUCUACAACCAUUUCAAAUGGAGAUUCGAUAUAUCGCAGCACCCCAAACGAACUCAAUGAUUACUCGAUGCUAUCGAGGUUGCCCGUUAUGCACUCCGACCGUUGUCGAAAAAAGUGAUGAUCAAGUAAAAGCGUUUGAUAAUACCCAUAUGCAAGAAAUAAAUCGACGAAGACGAUCUAUAACUUCAAAUAAUGAGAACAAUCAUCGAAUAUCAUCUGCGGGUCGAAGAAGUUACAAUCUUCAAUAUGAUGAAGAGAAGAAUUGGAAAGUUAUAGAAAAUAAUUUAUUAGAAGCUGCGGUUUUUACCAAUGCUAAUCUAUGGUCAUUUGCACCACAGGGUUUAUCAAAAUUCGGCCAUAUAGCUGAUGGAUUCCUUGAUUUAGUUGUAAUUGACGCAGUUAAUCGAAAAGAAUUUUUACGGUAUAUUAAACGAAAUGGAAAUUCGAAAAAUCAAUAUGAUCUUUCGUUUACAAAUAUAAUCAAAGUUAAAGAAGUCGAGAUUGAGUUGAAGUUUGUCAAUGAUAUUUAUAACAAUGAUAUAAGAAAUACUGAUAAUCCGUAUGAUUCAACGCCGUCAGAUAAUUCAUCCAAUGAAGACAUGUCUGAUAAUGAAAAUAAACCUAAUCAUUCACAACGACAUAAGCCUCAUCCACCGAGUGAACCAAUAUCAGAUGAUAUUCGACGACGACGACGUCGCGGUCAUCAACAACUCAAUCAGCAAAGUCAUGAACCGAUUCGGCACAAUCUACAAGCGUCAACUAGUGUCGAUACAUCGAUACUUCAUUUCAAAAAUCGUCAAUCUCAACAAUCAGAAAGCGAAAUGGAUAGUCCACAAAUCGAUCAAUACGAUUCGACGAAAACACGCCGUCGUAGUGGAAUAUUUCAAUCGUUGAAAUUAAAGAAAAAUAAGAUUCCUUUACCCCGACCGUCAAGUGCUCAACGAGAAGAAACUGAUGACGACAAACAACAAAGAAAGAAUAGAAAAACAACGGGUGGUACACUGCGACCUGCACGCUCGUUACUGAGUCUGUUCAGUGCUGGAAAUUUACCAACAGGAAAAACUGAUAAACAAUCGACCAAUGCUGCAAACAACUCAUCUUCUUCUAACAGCAAUCGUAAACUAUCCGUGAUCAGUCGUUCGGCAAGUGUAGACAAUCCUUCAACAUCAGAAAUCAAUGAUUCUCUUCGAAAUAAGAACAAACCAUGUCUGUGGAAUCUCGAUUUUACUCCGUAUAAUUCUCCGAUCAUCAGAAUCAAAUGUUUCUGUCGUUAUUUGACUGUUUAUGGUACGAAUAUCGAUCCGGAUACGAGAGUAAAAGAAACGACUUAUUCAUGUUUUUAA